AUGAAAUGGAAAGGCGGUUUCGUGUGCGAGUUUAUCGAGAUCGAAAGCGAAAAGAGACACGACAGGGACCAAGGAGGCGGAGUACAUGGAAAUGCUAUUUUCUCAAAGUAUGAUCUUGACUUUAGAGUCCUCGAUCACAAGCAUCAGCCUUUCGAUUGGGAUAAGGAUGGUGACAAGUUAAACGAGCCCAGAAAGGGAAGGCGAGUUACCCUGGUUGCCGAAAUCAAAACAUCAUUUGGUCCGCCGAUACUAUGUUAUUGCGUGCAUUUAGAAGUGUUCUGCGGUCUUAUAGGCCGAGUAAAUCAAUUUUCCGAGAUUUUAUCAGACUCGGUGAUCCAUGCUUCCACUCACCCAUACCAAUUAAUCCUUGGUGAUCUCAACACGAAAUCACACUCAAUAGCCAGAUUAUCGUCAUUCAGUAGGGAUAGGUACUGUGUCCUGUCUCUUGGCAUGAGCGAAUCAGAGUGGUGGGAUAAAAAUCUACUUUCUUGGCACGCCUGUAGUGGUGAUACCAACGUGUAUCUGCAAUAUGUUCUUACCGAUGCACGCAACCCUGGGUUCUACGACCCAUGGCAUCCGUCCUACGACGUAACAAUGAAAUAUCCAAAACACUACGCUUUAUAUUCUGCUAAACUCGAUUGGACACUCGUUCGUGGAUUCGACGUAAUCAAUCGAUGGAAAGGUAACGAUGACUAUUCCGCGUCCGAUCACAAGUAUUUGAUGGUCGAAGUCGUGUUUGAUGAUUACAGCAUCGCCAGCGAUACAGAGGGCAUGGCUUGGACUGUGUGGCAGAUGAGGAGAAAGGAAUGGAAGAAAAGGCUUGAGAAAGACGUGGAGAGUAAGCGGGCGCGAGGUGGCAAGGGGAGAGAGUUGCUAGAAAACGGUUAUAAAGAUCGUUUGUUUGAAUUGACCGCAUUCGUGGGUGGGCGUGACGUUAUCUUUAGUCAUAUGGACAAUCUCUGGGACGAAAUGGAAAAAUCAGGAUCGGCAAAUAAACUCAAGUUACGAGAUGGACAGACAGGCAAAUGA